AUGACCAACAAAAAAAUCGUAGUGGUCGGCGGCGGUACCGGCAACCAUACCACCCUCACUGGCUUGCGGUCGCGUGAAUGCGACGUCACCGCAAUCGUGGCGAUGACCGACAGUGGUGGCAGCAGCGGCCGACUCCGUGAAGAGAUGGGUCACCUGCCGCCCGGCGACCUCCGCCGCUGUUUGAUGGCGCUGGCUUCCGACUCCGCCGAAUCCAACCUGAUGCGGCAGUUGUUUGACUAUCGGUUCUCCACCGGAGACGGGCUGAACGGCCACAGUUUCGGCAAUCUGCUCUUGGCCGCCCUGACCGAGGUCACGGGAGAUACGAUCACCGCCAUCGACGAAGCCGCCCGGAUUCUUGGUAUUGGCGGCACGGUGUUGCCCGUCACACUCACCCGGUCGACUUUGCGCGCCCGGCUAGUCGAUCGCUCCGAGUUGAUCGGUGAAUCCGCCAUCGACCUGAGGAACGAGAAACUCGACGUAGCCAUCGACUACAUUCACCUCGAUCCGAAAGCGUACGUUUACCCGCCGGUCCUGGACGCCAUUGCGGAAGCGGACGCCAUCGUAUUGGGCCCGGGCGACAUUUACACCAGCGUCCUGCCAAACCUGUUGGUUGAGGACGUCGCUCAGUCGAUUAAUGAUUCGGAUGCGAUCAAGGUCCACGUUUGCAAUCUGAUGACCAAGCCCAACGAGAGCGACGGUUUCCGAUCCUCCGACUUCCUGGCCCUCCUCAUGGAAUAUCUGGGCACGAGCCAGCCCUUGGACUUCCUGCUGGUCAACAACACGCCGAUUCCCCGGCGGUUGCUGGAACGCUACGCCGCCGAGGGCCAGCACCCGGUUGCCGCUGAUGACUCGGCGUCUUUGACCAUGGUAGGGCGAAUAGUCGAGCGGCCGUUGCUCGCGCCUGGCGUGUUCAUUCGUCAUAGUCCCGCCGCCUUGGCGCAGGCAAUCAUGGACCUCGUAGACUCCUCGGAUCGCGCGCGCAAGGAACCCCUGCCAGCGCCGUUGGUAUUCGACUGCGACGACUUCGGCGAUACGUUUGUGCCCGAAGCAACCAUGACCGUCGGUAGCGCGAACGCCGACGGAGACUGA